CACUGCUGGGGUUUCCAAGGGCCCUGGGCAUAGCAGUGGGCAGAGGGGCUGCUACACCCGUGGCAGCAGAGCCCAAGCAGCUGUUAGGCACGGGGUCCAAGGGCUCCCUGUGCUGGCACCAUGCACAGUGUGAGAGAAGUGGCCCGCCCGCCCGCUGGGGAGGGCACACGCACAGGGGUCCUUUACCUGGAGAGGCCCGUCUUCAGCAGCAGAUCCCUGAGGGGGCAGGGACCCCAGAUCCCUGAGGGGGCAGGGACCCCUGUGUCCUGAGGCGUCCUGAGGGCCCUGCUGGCUGAGGGAGGGCGGGGGUUGGGAGUGUGUUACCAGGUGACAAAGGAGCAUAUGGGCCACACCCUUCCCAGCUCACAGGGAGGCCUAGACAGUCUUCCUUUUCUAAUCAAAUUUCUGAAAUGAGUUAUCUGUCACCAACUUCCAAUUUCCUCACUGUCCUAUGGACUUCUGCCCCCAGAGCUCCACCCAGCCUAAGUUUCAAAGAUCCUGAGGGGGAGAGAGAGGAGGCAAGGGGUUCCAGGGCUCAAGAUAAGCAUGGCAGAUGUCGACUGGCCUCCGGGAGGCUGCCCUGGGGAUUGUCUUCAUGCCAUUCUCUCCCCGGAUCAGAGGACUCUUGCUCUUUGGAGGAAGGAGUUAUUUGUCGUCGUCACUUGAGAAACAAUACUUUUUAAAGGAUGGACUCUGUUCUCUGAUUAUAUACAGUCAGUUAAAAUGGAGUGGGACCCCCAAGUUUGCGUCUAUGGGUUUGAGUCUGGGCCACUCCCUGAACAGUCCACUUUGGACCGGAUCUUACUAUAGCUCCUCCCUAAGAGGGUGAGGACUGAACACCAGAAUAAACAUACGAGGAGGCCUGGACAUCUGCCGCGUACACACGCUCACUACAGUGGUCUGGUGGUGUUGAUGUUGGUCAUUAUUAUGUCAAGGAGAACUCACAGCCCUGCUUCUGCGGCACAAUCAUCCAAGUAACACUGAAAUUACAUUUCAGAACAGUUUGUCGUCAUUUAAGAUACAGAACCGAAAAAAUAAAGCACCCCCACCCCCUCCCCUGGUGGGGGGAUGGGAUGUCAAUGAUGAUGCUUCUUACUUUGCCCUUAACCCUGCUGCUGACUGGGACCCCAGACUAUCCUGAAACCCAAAUGCAGACUCAGCUCAGACGAGCCCUGAGCGCGUCCUCGGGGAGAUGACUAGAGCUUUUUCUUCGGAAAACCUAGGGUCAAAAAAUUCCACGGACCCUUCACAUGAGAUGUCAGGAGACAUGGGUGCUCCGUGGAAACUGGGGGCACUAGGGGGUCAUCUUCCUCUAUCUACUGGUUGACCACCACCCACCCUGAGAGCCUGUUUGAGGAGGUUCACGUGGUAACAGGCCAGUGGCCCCCAGUGUCAUGCAGUUUUCAAAGGGCGCCUGAGCCUUAGAAGAGACUUGGAGAGCAGAAACCCCAGGUGGGAAGGAGGGGGUCCAGAUCUCAGGGGGACCGACCUAGACCUCCCAGAUGCCUCCCCGCUUUGAGAUUCUGAGAAGGUCCGGGCUAUGUCGCCAGUUUCCAAACCCGAGUGAGGGCCACGCCAUCACGGACGCCAGCCUGACGUGUCCGUGUCCAUGUCCAACGACAGGGCCCCGAGAGAGGAGCCCUAGCCCAGGGCCACUCUUUGAGGGCCCGGCUCCUGCCGCCCCUCCCCCGGUGCCCUCAGUCCUCAGGCGCGGUCCCGGGGGAUGGGGGUGGGGGCGGCGAAGGUUUCGGUGCGCUGGGGCCAGGACUGAAGGCACAGGUUCGGGAGUGCGGGGGCGACUGGACCCAGCGGGAGGGGGCGGGGGUGAGCGGAUGAUGCAACUGCCCCUCGGCGCCUCCCGCGCCCCCAGAUUGGCCGGUUCCAGGGCGGCCGCGCCGCGGAUUGGCUGGGGCGGGGGGCCCCCCGGCGCUGGGUGCCGCGUGGCGGGCGCGCAGCUGCGGACAGGGGGAGACUCGCACCGAGUAACUGGCUGCUCCUGCGGAGACGGUGCCAGCUGUGAGGGCAGUGGGCGCAGGCCUCCAGACACCAUGAGCGUGGGCUUCAUCGGGGCUGGCCAGCUGGCCUUUGCCCUGGCCAAGGGCUUCACAGCAGCCGGUGUCCUGGCUGCCCACAAGAUAAUGGCCAGCUCCCCAGACAUGGACCUGGCCACUGUUUCUGCCCUCAGGAAGAUGGGGGUGAACCUGACGCCCCACAACAAGGAGACUGUGCAGCACAGUGAUGUGCUCUUCCUGGCGGUGAAACCACACAUUAUCCCUUUCAUCCUGGAUGAGAUUGCCGCUGACAUUGAGGAUCGGCACAUCGUGGUGUCCUGUGCAGCUGGCGUUACCAUCAGUUCCAUCGAGAAGGUGGGCACUACGGGUCAGGGUCCGGCGGGGUCUGGAGAUGGAGUGGAGGUGUGCACUGCAGAGGGCUCAGGAGCCCUGGCGUGCUCCACACCUGGUUCUCCAUCUUUGGAAUGGGUGUGUUUGUAUAGCUCACAGAACUCAGGAAGCGUUCAGUUGGAUGAGCAUGUUCACACCCGCACCCAGCACAGCAUGCUGGGCAAGGGGCUGGGAUGGACACACAGCCAGUUUCUCCCCCAGAAGCUGACAGCCUUCCAGCCGGCCCCCAAAGUCAUCCGCUGCAUGACCAACACGCCGGUCGUAGUGCGGGAAGGAGCCACUGUGUAUGCCACGGGCACCCACGCCCAGGUGGAGGAUGGCAGGCUCCUGGAGCAGCUCAUGAGCAGUGUGGGCUUUUGCACGGAGGUGGAGGAGGACCUGAUUGAUGCUGUCACGGGACUCAGCGGCAGCGGCCCAGCUUAUGCAUUCACAGCCCUGGAUGCACUGGCUGAUGGGGGUGUGAAGAUGGGGCUUCCAAGGCGCCUGGCAGUCCGCCUCGGGGCCCAGGCUUUGCUGGGGGCCGCUAAGAUGCUACUGGACUCCGAACAGCACCCAGGCCAGCUCAAGGACAACGUCUGCUCUCCCGGUGGGGCCACCAUCCACGCCUUGCACGUGCUGGAGAGCGGGGGCUUUCGCUCCCUGCUCAUCAAUGCCGUGGAGGCCUCUUGCAUCCGCACACGAGAGCUGCAGUCCGUGGCCGACCGGGAGAAGGUCUCACCAGCUGCCAUCAAGAAGACCAUCCUGGACAAGGUGAAGCUGGACUCCCCUCCCGGCACCUUACUGGCCCCUUCUGGCCACUCCAAGCUGCUGCCCCGCAGCAUGGCCCCGGCAGGCAAGAAGGACUGAGGUGUCCAACCUGCCCGCAGGCCACUCUCUGCCUUUUCCUCCUGGGCUCGGAGCUCUGUGCUGGGAGUGUCUAGCCCCAGGCCUCACAGGAUGUCCUCACAUCCCCCGUGGCUCUGAUCCACUUGGGUCAGUGGAGCUGUAGCCAGGGAGGGGGCACAUCACUUCCCAGUGGGAACCUCCAUGGUCCCCAAGUGUGUCCUGGUCCAGAACAAGGAAGGAUUCUCUGACCUAAGCCUCCCCCUUCCUCUGCCCCCAAACCAGGUCAGGACCACCUUCCUCCAGGGCUUGGGGGGCUUCAGCACCCAGUGUCAGCUGGCUUGGGCUUGAGUACAAAGGUCAAGGUCCCCCCCGACCCACCCCACCCCAACCAUGAAGGCCCAGCCAAGGAGAGAGCUUGAUCCCACUCCUGCCCUUUCUCCACUCUGCACUCCUUCCUCAGUGUGGGAAGGGCCAGAGGGUCCCUGGAAUCCAGCAAAAGGGCCCAUGGUUCUUGGCCAGCGUGACAUUUGAGAAAAGGGCUCCUCAGAUGGUUGAACGCCCGAGGCCCCAAUACACUCAGGCCAUCAUCUCCCAUUCCUGGUCCAACCAACAGAUGCUGUCAUUUCUGUCUCUGACUUUUCAGGUUAAAUAAAUUCGUUUUCAGCCCCA